AUGACUUCUACACAGCGAGGGCUAGAAAGCCACUCAGAAGUAUCGAAUGACGUGUUAAUGGCUACCCCGUCGUCAGAAGACCGACACCACCUACAUGAGAAGCACGAACGGCAAGAUGAAAACGAAAUUUCAAGCUCGGAAGCCCCGAAUUCAAGCGACGAUGACUUCCCCGGCAGAUUCGAGCCAGUCCGACCUGGUGAUCGCGAAGAACUAACGAGAAUCGCAUCGUCGUUAUCUACUUCGCGCCGCCCCAGUACUCUAGGCCGUCGCGACAGUGCCCCGAUUACGCGCAUGGAUACAGUGGACGAGAUGGCGCUCGAAGAUCCUCGAAUUGACCCAGGGAAUGACAAGUUCGAUGCAUACUUGUGGUCACGAAAGAGAUUGCGCCUGGUGCAACAAGAAGGAAUGGGGUUUCCAAGAGCAAGUGUCACGUUCAAAGAUAUGAAUGUGUCUGGUUCUGGAGAAGCAUUGCAAUUACAAGAAACCGUCGGCUCGGUUUUGACUGCGCCCUUGAGGCCUGGGAAAUUCUUUAGCUUUGCGAAGAAAAAGGAGCACAAAACGAUCUUGCGCAACUUCGAUGGCGUUAUCAAAGGUGGUGAGCUUCUAAUGGUCUUGGGCCGACCUGGUAGUGGUUGCUCUACUUUUCUUAAGACGCUUCAUGGAGAACUACACGGGUUGGACCUUGAGAAGGAAUCAACCAUCCAUUAUAACGGUGUGGAGAUGAACAAGAUGCAUUCCGAGUUCAAAGGAGAGGUUUUGUAUAAUCAAGAAGUGGACAAACAUUUCCCUCACCUUACCGUUGGCCAAACACUGGAAUUCGCCGCUACUGCUCGCGCUCCAUCUCAUCGACUCAAGGGACAGACUCGCGAAGAAUAUGUCAAAGAAGUGACUCAAGUUGUUAUGGCAGUCUUUGGCCUCUCGCACACAUACAACACCAUCGUCGGAAAUGACUACGUACGCGGUGUCUCCGGUGGUGAAAGGAAGCGUGUCAGUAUCGCUGAAAUGGCCCUGUCGAGAGCUCCAAUCGCCGCCUGGGAUAACAGUACCCGCGGAUUGGAUGCUGCUAGCGCAUUGGAAUUUGUAAAAGCGUUGCGGAUGUCAUCUAACCUCACCGGAAGUUGCCACAGUGUUGCCAUCUACCAAGCUUCUCAAGCCAUAUACGAUGUCUUUGACAAGGUCAUUGUGCUCUACGAAGGCCGUGAAAUCUACUUUGGUCCAUGCAAGCGCGCUGAGCAGUAUUUUGUCAACAUGGGAUGGGCCAAACCCGCGCGCCAAACAACCGGCGACUUUCUGACAUCGGUCACAAAUCCACAGGAACGUCAAGCCCGCGAUGGCAUGGACAAACAAGUGCCCCGAACACCGGAUGAAUUUGAGGAAUACUGGAAGAAGAGUCCCGAGCAUGCUGCUCUGAUGCAGGAAAUUAAGGAUCAUGAAACGGAAUUCCCGAUUGGCCAUGUUGCGGAGAAGGAAUUGGCCGAGAAGAAGCAUGAGCAGCAGGCGAAGCAUGUUCGGCCGAAGAGUCCAUACUUGAUGUCGGUUCCGAUGCAGAUUCGUCUUUGUACGAAGAGAGCUUAUCAGAGACUAUGGAACGACAAAGCGACGACUUUGACAACUGUUAUCGGCCGAAUUUUCAUGGCUUUGAUUAUUGGAUCAAUCUACUUUGGAACCCCAAUCGCAACAGCCGGAUUUCAAAGCAAAGGCGCUGCAUUGUUCUUUGCAAUCUUGUUGAACGCGCUCAUUAGUAUCACCGAGAUUAAUUCACUCUACGACCAACGUCCCAUCAUCGAGAAGCAGGCAUCAUACGCCUUCGUACAUCCAUUCACCGAAGCCAUGGGCGAUAUAGUCGCUGAUUUGCCUAUCAAAUUCGUAGCAUCGGCUGCGUUCAACAUUGUCCUCUAUUUCCUUGCUGGUCUACGCUACGAACCAUCUCAAUUCUUUAUCUUCUUCCUCUUCACCUUCAUCGCAACGCUAGCCAUGUCCGCCAUCUUCCGCACCCUCGCCGCCGCAACGAAAAGCCUCGCACAAGCCAUGGCACUGGCCGGUAUCAUGGUUCUCGCAAUUGUGAUCUAUACGGGUUUCGUGAUUCCCGGCCCACAAAUGCAUCCCUGGUUCUCAUGGAUACGCUGGAUAAACCCUGUUUUCUACGCAUUCGAAGCUCUCGUCGCAAACGAAUUCCACGGCCGCGAGUUUAUAUGUUCGGCUUUCGUGCCUGCAUAUAAUAACUUGGUUGGUGAUACCUUCGUUUGUUCUGCCACUGGCUCUGUAGCGGGUCGACGAACGGUUUCGGGCGAUGAUUAUAUCCGGACUCAGUACGACUAUUCGUAUUCGCAUGAAUGGAGGAAUUUUGGAAUUCUCAUUGCUUUCUGGAUUUUCUUCAUGUUCACCUAUUUGACAUGUACGGAACUCAACUCGGCCACUUCGUCGACUGCGGAAUUCCUCGUGUUUCGUCGUGGUCAUGUACCGGCUUAUAUGAAAAAAUCUGACAACCAGGCCAAACAUGGAGCAAUCGAGGCACCACCAACGGCCGAGAACGAAGGUGCGACGGAAGAAGAACUAGGCAUCCUCCCGGAACAGCGUGACAUCUUUACAUGGCGAAAUGUCUGCUAUGAUAUUCCUGUCAAGGGGGGCCAGCGUCGUCUAUUGGAUAAUGUAUCAGGUUGGGUAAAGCCGGGAACGUUGACAGCACUCAUGGGCGUUUCUGGCGCCGGAAAGACUACUCUUCUCGACGUUCUUGCGCAGCGUGUCUCUAUCGGCGUCGUGACUGGAGACAUGUUCGUCAACGGAAAACCGUUGGAUGCCAGUUUCCAGCGUAAGACGGGAUACGUUCAACAACAAGAUCUUCAUCUCCAGACUAGCACCGUACGAGAAGCGCUCCGCUUUAGCGCAGCUUUGCGCCAACCAAAAUCCACCCUGCUCUCCGAAAAGUAUGAUUACGUUGAAGACGUGAUCAAAAUGCUCAACAUGGAAGACUUUGCGGAAGCUGUCGUGGGCACACCGGGUGAGGGACUCAACGUCGAGCAGCGCAAACUUCUUACUAUUGGGGUUGAACUAGCCGCCAAACCGGCUUUGUUGCUAUUCCUUGACGAGCCAACUAGUGGUCUCGACUCGCAAAGUUCAUGGUCAAUCUGCGCGUUUCUGCGCAAAUUGGCGGAUCAUGGGCAGGCUGUCCUGUCGACCAUUCAUCAGCCGAGUGCGAUUCUUUUUCAGCAGUUUGAUAGAUUGUUGUUCUUGGCCAAGGGUGGUAAGACGGUCUAUUUUGGUGAUAUUGGCAAGGACUCGACGACGUUGUUGGACUAUUUUGAGAGGAAUGGAGCACGGAAAUGUGAUGCUGCUGAAAAUCCUGCCGAGUACAUGCUCGAAAUCAUCGGUGCAGGUGCAAGCGGCAAAGCUACUCAAGACUGGCCUACAGUCUGGCGCGAGUCUCAAGAAGCCAAGAAUAUCCAGACGGAGCUCGACAGCAUUCACGCACACCAUGCUGCAACUGCGCCUAAUGGUACUGAGACGUCAAAGUCCACGUCAGACGAAGGCAGAGAGUUCGCAAUGCCUUUCACGGCUCAACUCAAGCAUGUCGUCGUUCGCGUCUUCCAGCAAUACUGGCGCGAUCCUCAAUACAUAUUUGCCAAACUAUUUCUCGGUCUUGCCUCGGCUCUGUUCAUCGGAUUCUCCUUCUUCCUACCAAAUAGCAGCCUGCAAGGAUUUCAAGACGUCCUUUUUAGCACGUUCAUGUUAACAUCCAUCUUUUCCACGCUUGUGCAGCAAAUCAUGCCGCGCUUCGUCAGCCAACGCUCCCUCUACGAAGUCCGCGAAAGGCCCUCAAAGGCCUACUCCUGGGUGGCGUUCCUAAUCGCCAAUAUCAUCGUCGAAAUCCCCUACCAAAUCCUUCUAGGCAUCAUCGUCUGGGCUUGCUAUUACUUCCCUAUCUACGGCGCAGGUCAAACCGGCGAACAAAAGGGCUUGAUGCUGUUGUUCAUCAUCCAAUUUUUCGUCUUCGCAUCCACCUUUGCCGAUUUAGUGAUUUCGUCAAUGCCAAAUGCGGAGAUGGCGGGUACUAUUGCGACGUUUGCGUUUUCGCUUACACUCACUUUCAACGGUAUCAUGCAACCUCCCAACGCGUUGCCGGGGUUCUGGAUAUUCAUGUAUCGUGUUUCGCCAUUGACGUAUACGAUUGCGGGGAUGACGGGGAACGGCCUCGAUGGUCGACCGGUCGUUUGCUCAAGUUCCGAGUUGAGUGUUUUCAACCCACCUUCCGGGCAGACGUGUGGCGAGUAUUUGAAGCAGUAUUUGGCUGUUGCGCCGGGGAAGCUGUAUAACUAUGAUGCGACGAGCGAUUGUCACUAUUGCUCGUUGCAGAGUGCGAACCAGGUGUUGGCUAGUAGCGAUAUUUAUCCCGAUCAACGAUGGCGUAACUGGGGCAUCGGAUGGGCAUACAUUGGUUUCAACAUUUUUGGCGCCGUUGCUCUGUACUACGCGUUCCGAGUCAAGCAUUACAAUCCCACAUCGAUCGUUAGAGGAGUGUGCGAUGCAGGAAGAUUUGUGGGACGUUUGUUCAAGAGGAGAUCGGAAGCUCCCAAGGGCCGGAAAGCGCAGGAUGGUCGCGUUUUUUAA